UAUUACGCGAGUUUCAUUAUAUAGUUUUAUGGAAAAUAAAUGCGUUUAAAUUGGGAACUAUUUCAAUUAGCAUUUGCUUCCACACGAAGCAAAAUAUGCGCCGGUACGUCGAGUUUCAUUCGGAAAGCCUCCAACUACUGUCAUUAGUCGUUGAUCCACGUAUCGAAGCUGCAUUUUAAAGCGCCCUGACCUGAUUCAAAGCGACAGGCUGGAUGAUGCCGUACUGGGGCGAAAUCCCUGUCCCGGCGGCGCCGCCCAGCCGCAGUUCCUUCGACCUGCUGCAGCGGGAGUUUCGCUCGGUGGAGAUGCAGGACCCGCCCCUGCAUCAGCCUUCUGCUCAGCGCCCGCGGCCGACCACAAUGCUGGACAUCCCAUCCGAGCCCUGCAGUCUAACCAUACACACCGUACAGUUAUGCCAGCACGCCCGCCGCCUUCGCGCUCUUCUGGCCGCCGCCCAGGGCCAGCCAGUGGCAGAGGGCGCUGCGAAACUCGAAGAAGGGGAAGCACUACCCCCACGGCCUUUAACGCCGGCCGUCCCUGAUGACCUGCUGCCCCUGGACAGCAAGGCGCCCCGGCAGCCCUUCCAAUUACGACACAGUGACCCAGAAAGUGACUUUUAUAAGGGCAAGGGGGAGCCAGUGACGGAGCUGAGCUGGCCAUCCUGCCGGCAGCUCCUGUACCAGUCUGUGGCCACAGUGCUGGCCCACGCCGGCUUCGAGUUGGCCCAGGAGAGCGUGCUGGAGACGCUGACGGACCUGGUGCACGAGCACUACUUGCGGCUCAGCCGGCUGCUCCGCGUGGCCGUGGACCGCGAGGCGUGCCUGGGGACCACGCCGUUCCCUGACGUGGUGGAGCAGGUCUUCCAUGAGGUGGGCAUCGGCAGUGUGCUGGCCCUGCAGAAGUUCUGGCAGGUCCGCAUCAAGGAUUACCAUAGCAACAUGCUCCAGGUGUGCCGGGAGCUGUCGGAGGAGUAUGAUCGCCUGGUGAAUCCGGACAGGGCCACCGAGGACGCCAAGCCCCUGAAGGUGAAGGAUGAACCUCUUAGCGAUAAUAUAGCGUUCCCUGUGAGCGAGGAGCCUGAGGCCGACCUGGCCUCUGGGGACCAAGCCCUGCCCACCCCCAGCGAGCGUGUGACAGGGGGCCUGGAAGGGGACAAUUCACCGCACUCAGGAGUGACAGGUACAGCAGUGGCAGCCGCGGUGGGAGCAGUAGGAACGACAGCUGUAGCAGCGGCAGGGAACAGCUCCCCCUUGUGGCACCUGCCGCAGGUGAAAAUGGAGCCCCAUGAUGCCGAGGAAGGCCAGGUGUCCGGCCACGGGGUCCUGGGAGGCGACGUGUUCGAGGAGGAGCCUAUGUCCACCAUGAGUGAGACGGGAAUCCCACCUUCCCCAGGAGGCGUGGUCUCUGACGGCAGCUACCCCUCCCAUUCGCCUGACUCACUCAUGGGCUCCUCCCCCGUCUUCAACCAGCGGCCGCGCAAGCGAGCAAAGAAGAUGUGAGGGCACAGUGCCAACAGCCCGUCCGCGGGGUGCAGGCCUGUCAUCUGAGGCAGGGGGUGGACCCCUAUCUUUGGACUGCUACUCGUUUUCUGCCACAGUUCCCCACGAUCCAUGUGCAGUGUUGCAGACAUACUUCCCUGUGGCUUUUUGGACUUUUUAUGCGUGCUUUUAAAAUGUGUAUAUUUCCUAAAUAAACCUCCUUCUCUCUCUGUCUCUUCUUCGCCAGACAGAUUAUGUUUGAUACGACAAUAAAGCAGAUCUAGCUUU